AUGGGAGAGAGAUCCUCCUCAUCCGCCCGUACGCCGGCCAAGACGCCAACCCUCAAGCGCCAGCCGUCGUCUUCGGCCGGAACCCAAAAGACCAUUGUUCAGUUCUUCUCCAAAUCCACCAGUGUCUCUCGCUCAACACCAACCCCGAAGCCCACGGCUAAAGCCCCCGACUCGUCUCCUUGCUUGAGAGAGUCGAAACGAACGAACACACUUCCCCAGGCUCCGAAAUCGUCCAGCCUGACUCCCGUGCCCAGCAGCGAUGCUAUUGAGCCCGCAAGCUCCCAGGAGAACUUGAGUGUCUCGACAGUCAAGGUAGCGGAUGACUCCUUGCCAUCACCAUCUACUUCAGCUGAGCAUAUGACUCCACAGACCACUGCCAAGCUACCUUUACCGUCUUCAAGCCCAACCCGCAAGUCCAGAAAGCCUGUCAACUACGCCGAAGCCUCCGACGAUGAGGAUGAUGACCCAUUCGUUCGACUCCGAACCGCAGGCACACGCCGCCGUACACGGACCCCGGCAGCCAUUGUGGAUGAUGGCGAUGACUAUGAGGAGGACGCUGCAAGCAAUGACAUGCCCGAUGACGAUGAUGAUAUGAUUGACUUCGUCGUUAGUGACGAGUCGGACGAAGGCUCGCAAUCCAAGAAGCGGAAACGCCCCGCACCAACCAAGGCAGCGUCCCGAAAGAAGUCUCACGUUUCGUCUCCCGUCAAGGAAGAAGAGUUCGAAGAAGUAGACGACGAGGCCAUGUUGGAUGUCCCGAUUCCUUCGACCGCUCAGCAGUGGCGUUACGACCCUGACAAUGUUGCGUCUGCUACUACCCGCGCCGUUCCCACCCAACAAGCUCGUCGUACUCUCAAGACCAAAGAGAAGGCGCAUACCAGAGAGCCGGAGGACCGUUACCCCUGGCUCGCCAACAUUGUAGAUAUCAACAAAAAGCCUCGAGGUGACCCUGACUACGAUCCGUCGUCGGUGUACAUCCCGCCCGGUGCUUGGAACAACUUCUCCCCUUUCGAGAAGCAAUACUGGGAGAUCAAGCAGAAGCUGUGGGACACCGUCGUUUUCUUCAAGAAGGGCAAGUUCUACGAGCUUUACGAAAACGAUGCUACCAUUGGUCACCAGCUCUUUGAUCUCAAGCUGACCGAUCGUGUCAAUAUGCGCAUGGUCGGUGUUCCAGAGAGCUCGCUCGACAUGUGGGUGAACCAGUUCGUCGCCAAGGGCUACAAGGUUGCCAGAGUUGAUCAGAUGGAGUCUGCGCUUGGGAAAGAAAUGCGAGAGAGAGGCGACACUUCGGCCAAGAGUAAGAAGGCCGACAAGAUCAUCCGCCGAGAGCUGGCUUGCAUCUUGACUGGUGGUACUCUCGUCGAUGGAAGCAUGUUGCAGGACGACCUGGCCACAUACUGCGCCUCCAUCAAGGAGUCCACAGUGGAUGGCAACCCUGCCUUUGGCAUCACGUUCGUUGAUUGCGCGACGGGACAAUUCUCCGUCACUGAAUUUGAAGAUGAUACCGAUCUUACCAAGUUCGAGACGUUUGUUGCUCAGACAAGCCCGAGAGAACUGAUUCUGGAGAAGUCUCGAAUCUCGACCAAAGCUCUCCGCAUCCUUAAGAAUAACACGUCCCCCAUGACUAUUUGGAACUACCUCAAAUCCGGCAGCGAAUUCUGGGACGCGGAGACCACUCGUCGUGAACUCGAAAACAGCAACUACUUCGCCAAGGAAGAUGGCGGUGAGGGAGUCUGGCCCGAAACUCUGAUCAAAUCCAAGGACAAGGACUUGCUUAUGUCUGCCCUGGGUGCUUUGGUCCAGUACCUGAGGGUUCUGAAACUAGAGGGCGACCUCCUGUCGCAGGGCAGCUUCGAUUGGUACACUCCCAUCCGCCGCAACGGAACCCUUAUCCUCGACGGCCAGACCUUGAUCAACCUGGAGAUUUUCUCCAACACAGUGAACGGUGGGCAGGAUGGCACCUUAUUCACACUUCUGAACCGCUGCGUCACUCCAUUCGGCAAGCGGCUGUUUCGUCAAUGGGUGUGCCACCCCCUUUGCGACAUCAAGCGCAUUAAUGAACGCUUGGAUGCCGUAGAUAUGCUCAACUCCGACAGGGGUAUGCGAGAGAAGUUUACGUCCCAAAUGACGAGAAUGCCCGACCUGGAACGCCUCAUCUCCAGAAUCCACGCGGCUUCCUGCAAACCGGAGGACUUUGUGCGCGUGCUCGAAGGCUUCGAACAGAUCGAGUACACCAUGGAGCUGUUGGGAGAGGUUGGUGUCGGCAAUGGCUUGGUUGAACGCCUGCUGGCUUCCAUGCCGAAACUCAGUGAGCCUUUGACUUACUGGAAAACUGCGUUUGAUCGAAAGAAGGCGAAGGAAGACAAACUCCUCAUUCCUGAACGUGGUAUCGAGGAAGAUUUUGACAAUAGCCAAGAUCGGAUCGAAGCCAUCAAGGAAGAGCUGCAGACUCUCCUCAUGGGCAAGAAAUCUGAGCUGAAGUGCAAGACGCUCAAGUUCACCGAUAUUGGCAAGGAGGUCUACCAAAUCGAGGCACCCAAGGCCGUCAAGGUGCCGAGAGACUGGCGCCAGAUGUCCGCGACUGCAAGUGUCAAAAGAUACUACUUUGACGAGCUCACGGAUUUGGUUCGGGAGUUACAAGAAGCGGAAGAGACUCAUUCACAGAUCGUCAAGGAGGUGGCCGCCCGGUUCUUCCAUCGCUUCGAUGCCGACUACGAAACCUGGUCGCAGUCAAUCAGAAUCAUCUCACAACUUGACUGCCUCAUCAGUCUCGCCAAGGCCUCGUCUUCUCUGGGCGAACCUAGCUGCCGCCCGGAGUUCGUCGACCAGGAACGCAGUGUUGUCGAAUUUUCUGAGCUUCGUCAUCCAUGCAUGUUGAAUGCAGUGGCCGAUUUCAUCCCCAACGAUAUUGAACUCGGCGGUGAUUCACCAAACAUCAACCUAUUGACUGGUGCCAAUGCUGCGGGCAAAUCAACCGUUCUGAGAAUGUCAACGUUCUUCGUGGAGCUGUCUGAGACGAAGAAGAUUCUGGCAGAGGCCACGCCGCGCUCUCUGGUAAUUCUGGAUGAACUCGGACGUGGUACCAGUUCCUAUGACGGAGUUGCAGUUGCACAGGCUGUCUUGCACCACAUUGCUACACACGUGGGUUGUGUCGGCUUCUUUGCGACACACUACCACUCCCUGGCGACCGAGUUCGAAAACCAUACCGAGAUUCGCCCACGCCGCAUGCAGAUUCACGUGGACGAAGAGGAGAGGCGCGUCACGUUCCUCUACAAGCUCGAAGACGGAAUUGCCGAGGGCAGCUUCGGAAUGCACUGUGCCGCCAUGUGCGGUAUCUCCAGCCGUGUCAUCGAGCGUGCAGAGGUUGCAGCCAAAGAAUGGGAGCACACCAGCAGGCUUAAGGAAAGCUUAGAAAAGGCCAAGUCAGGUUGCUACAUCCCGCUUGGUAUACUGAGCGACGUGUCGUCUUUGCUCAAGGGCGGCGAUGAAUUGGAGAAGAGGGGUGUUGAGGUGUUGCUGAAAACUAUUGAGGCGCUGUAG